AUGAGCGCCGGACCGUUUGCCGCGCCUCCGUCGACCUCGUUCCUGUCUGCGCAGCACGAACGCCUCAUCCUUGAGCUCCUCCCCUUCAAGGACAGCGCCAAGUUCCAAGAGUGGCUCAACAGCGACUGGGUGCGCGGCUCGUGGCUCGAGUUCCACGCCGACUUCCUCACCAAGAGUGCGCGCCCUGGCCCAAGCGCCGCGACAGAGCCCGACAAGGCGCGGGCCGCGCAGGCCGCCAAGGAUGCCAUCAACUCGCGCUCGCAGAAAUACCUCGUCUACCAUCCCAACAAGACGGGCUGGACGGCCGAGGACCAUCAUGUGCGCUUCAUCGUGACCGUCAUACAGGACAACAUGCUGCGGAGCUUGUGGUCCGAGUCUGAAUGGAAGAAGAAGGCAAUUGACAUUGCAAAGGCGGUAUUCGAGGUGUUGUGCUUCCUCAAGGCGUCGUUCUAUGUGAUCGACCAGCAUCCGCCGAGCUAUUCACAGUAG